AUGCGUUUCGCUGCUUUUCUCUCUUUGGGCCUCGGCGCCAAUGUCGCAAUCGCAAGUGUAUGCAAGCCGCGAAGUCGAACAUCGAGUGACUCCAGUAUAGUAUCUACCGAGUCUGCGUCCGCAUCGUUGACGGAAUCUGUUGUUGAGUCAACUACAAGUACAGACAUCGUGACAGCUACUACAACCUCUGUCGAAUUGUCCAUCAGUGUCACAUCUACAGACGACGAGAAUAGUUCAACUGAGGCGACCGAGUCGCAAAGCGCCAGCGUUGAGCUCUCAACUUCCAUUGGUACGGAAACGACUACAACUGAAAUCCCUACUACAAUUGCCGAGACUACUACGACUGCUGAGACCACGACAACUGCUGAAGCAACCACGACCACUGAAGACACAUUUAUACCGAUUCCUACCUUCAAUAUCAAGGCCGUAGGCUCAGACGUCGACGGCCAAUUGCUGCGUGGCGAUCCAGUUGCUUAUAACAACAUCGGCUGGUUCACGCCGAUGUUCGCGCCCACUCCCCCAGUUCUCACCUUUUCUAUCGACGCCAACACCAACCAUGUACGAGAGACAAACACCGGGAAAUACUUGUGCGUUGCAUUCGGCAACGGCAACGGCGGGGGUUUCCCAAACUCCAAUAUGCUCUGCAACCCCGAUAGCCCUAUUGCUGGGGUAGAACCUGUUACAUGCGAACAGACUCGGGACCGAAAGCUCAAGUGCUCUGCACCGGCUGGUGAAUGCCAGUUGGAUGAGUCGACAGAUACUACCUAUUGCAAUCCAGUUGCUGGUACCUGGGAUAAGUUCAAUGUGAUCACUGGUAGGAUUAUCAACACUCCUGCUCUUGUCAUGGUGUCGAGUAGCGAUCCGUCCACGCCCAGCGAUAUGAAAGCCGUUGAGCUUCAACUCGUUCCCUAUGCGGAUUAG